AUGUUGACGGGUCGCGACAGCCGUAGAUUCGCUAAUCGUGCCCUAGGAACCCGUUUCAAUCUCAUCCGCCCACUAAACCAACCUUACCAGAUCAUGGCUUGCGCCUCGCUAGGUUUAGGGUUUAUCGCGCUCCACGGGCGGCCCAGGGCUUGCGCGUCUAGCGCUCCUGCGGCUGCCGCUGCACCUCCGGCGCUUGGUGAUGUCACCAGGCCGCAUUUUCCGAUUCUCGAUCAGACGGUCAAUGGAUGCAAAUUGGUCUAUCUGGACAAUGCUGCGACGUCCCAGAAGCCUGUAGCUGUGCUUGACAAGCUCCAGGAUUACUACAGCGUUUAUAAUUCGAACGUGCACCGUGGAAUUCAUGCCCUGAGUGCGAAAGCUACCGAGGCGUAUGAAGUUGCAAGACAAAAGGUUGCGAACUUUAUCAAUGCCGAGACAUACCGGGAGAUUGUUUUCACGCGCAAUGCAACAGAAGCAAUCAACCUGGUUGCUUUUACUUGGGGAUUAUCCACUUUGCGAGAAGGAGACGAGGUCAUACUUUCUGUCGCAGAGCAUCACAGCAAUAUAGUGCCAUGGCAAAUCGCAGCUCAGAAGACGGGAGCGUCUCUGAAAUACGUGACUCUUACCGAAGAUGAAACUUUGAAUGUUGAAGAGUUGAAAGGCCUCUUUACAAAGAAGACAAAGCUGGUAUCCUUGCAUCACGUUUCCAACACUCUCGGUUCCAUCAAUCCAAUGCAAGAUAUCAUCCGUUAUGCGCAUGAUCAUGGUGCAAAGGUUCUCGUUGACGCGUGCCAGAGUGUUCCUCAUAUGACCGUGGACGUGCGAGGACUUGAUGCCGAUUUUCUAGUCUUUUCGUCACAUAAGAUGUGCGGUCCAACAGGCAUAGGAGUUUUAUACGGCAAACACGACAUGUUGAUGGCGAUGCCACCAUUUUUGGGAGGGGGCGAGAUGAUAUCGGACGUGUUUUUGAAUCACUCGACGUAUGCAGAUCCUCCAUUACGGUUUGAAGCAGGCACGCCUGCUAUUGCAGAGGCGAUUGGGUUAGGAGCUGCAAUUGACUAUCUUUCGAAUCUUGGAAUGGAUAACAUUCAUGCUUACGAGGUGGAAUUGUCAAAAUAUCUUUACAGCAAGCUCUCAAGUGUCUCUGGCGUUCGUAUUUAUGGUCCCAAGUCAGGAUCAGAAAGAGCGGCACUAUGCGCGUUCAAUGUCGAGGGAAUACAUCCGACGGAUCUAUCGACCUUUCUUGAUCAGCAGCACGGAGUCGCUGUAAGAUCUGGUCACCACUGCACGCAGCCACUGCAUCGCCAUUUGGGAAUCAAUGCCAGUGCUCGAGCAAGCCUGUACUUUUACAACACGAAACGAGAGGUGGACGCGUUUAUAGACGCUCUAAAUGACACCAUUGGUUUUUUUUCCUCGCUACAUUAACGUAUGUAGCAGAAGAUGUAGUUAAGUUGUCAGUAAUAAAUCUCAUUUCGUGCA